UGGGUUAAGUGACAGUUUGACCUUGCGAGCUUGGGUUCAAUCUUUGUCACCAGGUCACGAGUGUAAAGAUACAGAGACGCACAGCAUGGCUUUCUUAAGUAAAGUUGGAAGGAUAUUUAGCCAGACUAGCUCUCAUGUCACUGCCUCGCUACAGAGCAUCCGUUGCAUGUCUUCUUCAAAGAGCAAGUUUUCUUCAAAAGUCUUUGUUGGAGGUAUCUCCUACAACACUGAUGAGCUUGGCUUGAGAGAAGCUUUUAGCAAAUAUGGACAAGUUGUUGAUGCCAAAAUUGUUGUGGACCGUGAAACUGGUAAAUCGAGGGGUUUUGGUUUCGUGACAUUUACUUCUAACAAGGAGGCUACUAAUGCCAUAAACAUGAUAAAUACACAGUACCUUCAUGGUCGAAGACUUACUGUGUACUACGCUACUGAAAGAGGAAGUCCAAGUGGUGGUCGUUAUUCACGACGCGGUUCUUUUAUUUCUCUUGGAGCAAAAUUUACUUUUUUUCCAGCUCGCGGUUACCGAGGUGGCUCUUCUUAUGGUGGCUUUGAUGACAAGUUUAGCAGCAACGAACCACUAGGCAAUGAUACGGAUCAUCAGCUUGAAAGCGCCGUCGAUGAACAGUUUGGUGGCAGUGACAAUCAGUUCGGUGGUUCAGAGAAGGGUCAAACAGAGGUUGGUCCAGAUGGAUUUGAUCAGACUGACGAUGUUGCCAAGAGAGCUUAAUCUCUCAAUAAAUGUUGAGAACCGCUUAUAUAUGGAAGUGUUUCUUAAUUUAUGUUUUACCGUUUGGGGCUUGUUUAUCAUCUAGAAACCUCUAAUGUCGAGCCGCUGCAGCACUGAUGCAUAUAGCUCUGUCUAGCUAUAUACUUGCAUGAUAAUGAUAUCAAUAUAUUUAUUUUACACAACAAGGAUUUUGUAAUAUUGA